AUGGUAUUUUAUGCAAUCAACGAAAAGCUGAAAGAACAAGGUCGAAGUUGCAGUGAUUUUGGUAUACCAUCACCAACAUCUGUUUCUUAUUCAUUUGAAUCAAAAAUAAUCAACAAAGAAGAAGAACUUCGAAUAGGACAAAAAAUGUGUGCAAUGUUGAAUCAAGAUCAACGUUCAGCAGCAGAUGCAAUCCUUGCAAGUCAUCGUAAACAAUCAACCACCGCUGCUGGCUCAUGUUUCUUUAUCGAUGGCCCUUGA